AUGGAUCCUUUGUCGAUAUCAGCAGGCAUCAUUGCGAUAACGACCGUUGCUGCACAAGUUGCCAACCUCCUUGUUGGUAUUCGGGAAGAGUGGGAUUCCUUACCCGGCCGCAUGCAUGCGCUGAGCAAUGAAAUUCAGGACUUCAACGUCGUUUUGCAGCAAGUUGCCAUCGCUGUCAAGGAUAGGAGAGUCUCCGGGCUGGAUGCCUAUGGCGAAUUGACGUUGCUUCCUCUACUAACAAGAGGGAACCAUGUUUUGAUGGACCUCAAAGCUAUCCUUGAGCGUCUUCUAGCGACGGGAACGAAGAAAAAGGAGGCCAUUUCACGUGUCUUGAUGUGGAGGAGAGAGCAGGGCACUAUGUCCUCGCUACAGGAGCAGAUCAAGCAAGUGAAAUCAAGUCUCAACGUCCUUCUGGGGGCAUCAAACUCGCAAGAUAUGAUGCAUGUUCGUCUCUGUCUAGAAGAGCUCAGCUUGAAGAUAUCGCAUCCGAAGGAGUCGGUCUACCCCAACAAGGAUGCACAAGACGAUUUUAUCCAGGCUCUUCUUAAUGAGCAUCAUGGGACGAUGGCAGAGUCGUUAAACAGGUCAUAUUCCCAAGUCGAUGAACGCUUGAACAAGCUUGAGGCACUUCUGCGAAACCAGGCAACAGACAUACAUACUUCGCAAAUCGCUCAGGUGGGUCGGCUCUACAAUGCGUCGACACCGCCUGCGAGGAGACGUGUUGUCCGAGCCGUCAGCCCAGCUUCGGCUGCGCGGAUCCAAGAAAAGUCUGCAAAGUCACCGUCAUUCAUGGACCGUAUGGUUGGCCAGCUCAUGCUAGGUUACAGCGGGCUGCCUCUGCUGAGCACCAAAUGCGACUCGGCAGCGUGUAUUAAAGGACAGACGCCAGCAGUGAACGUUGAGUACUGGUUUCCACUGGGGUGGGCGCUAUAUGGGCAGCAGUACGAGACAUGCAAGUUCCUGAUGUCUGCAGGGGCAGAUCCCUCCUAUAAGCCAAUUGCACCAAGUGAUGAUAGUCCAAGCGACAAAGCUGGGGAUGUAAUCCUCCGAGGCCAUCUCUCGCACGAAGUUAUUGAAAUCCUUCGACUCGUUGCAGAGGGUAGUGAUUUCAACGAACGCCAAAAUUUUGCUCGUAUCCACAAGAUAGUCCUAGGCCUUUGCAUUGGUGAUUUAGAAGAUGAAAUACGGCAUGACCCAAAUUCACUGGAUUCCCCAGACGGCACGGGACGGACAGCACUUCAGUGGGCAGCAGCAAGAGGCGACGAACGAGCUGUGCUUACACUCCUCAGCUGGGGUGCUGAUCCCAACAACAUGGACAAAAAGCUCAAUACACCUUUGACUCUGGCUGCUAAUCAGAACCAGUCAGUUUGUGUUCGGCUUCUCUUAGAAGCCGGGGCACUAACGGAUCCUGAACUGCCACCGGCGGUCAAAUUCGGGACACCACUCAACUGCGCCGCCCGUAACGCGCCAGAUCCGGUCCUAAUGAAGACUUUGCUGGAUUUCAACGCAAAAAUUGAAGCGAGCGGCGUUGAUGGCGUCACUCCACUCUUGCAUGUUGCCAGGGGAAAUAGCGCCGCUCAUGCGAUGCUUCUCCUGGAGUAUGGCGCAGACAUUAACGCAACUUCCAAAGCCGGCCAAACGCCCCUGACGGCAGCCAUUCAAUACAACAACCACAGCGUUCUGAAGCUUCUUCUCGAGAGGUGGUUCGACUACAACGAGUGCCCGAGACUGAAGGGGCCUAAUCUGCUGGAGACAGUCGCUCGAUACGCCGACGUCGAAACCAUACUUCUUUUAACGGCAGCCGAGCAUCUUCGAAGCUAUCCUGACAGGACAUACAUAUUGGAUCACUACAAGGAAGUUCUCGACGGGCGGAUUGAUUCAUCAGAUGAACUCAGCACAGCCUUCGAAGAACUGCUGUCAGUUCUUAAGACGCAUACCACAAGCCACAGAAGUAUUGAUGAGCUCAUGGAGUCUGGUCUCUUGAAUUCCUUGGAAUACGGAAUCGAGUCGGAAGAGGAUAGCUCCUCUGAUCUUCUGGUUUUUGAGGACGCCAAGGAGAUUUUGGACAUUUCUAGUAAUGCGUCAAGUCCCGUCCAUACUUCCUGCCCAGUGCACGAUCUUGAAAAGAGCCUGGAAGAAACAACAGGAAGAUGA